UUUUGAAUUGAAAUCCAUAAGGAAGAGAAAGGAGAGAGAAAGCGAAAGAGAGGGUAUGGAUAGCUGUUUUCAUUUUUCUUGGGAUAUUCUACCCACGUAAAUCUAAAACCCUAAAUUAUUCGCUCUCUCUUCCUCUCGGAUCAAAUAUGUUCCUGUAAACAGUUACUUCUUUGAAGCUGGAACCAUCUACUUGAGGGAGAAAAUGAGCAGCAGAAAGGAAGAAGAGCGAAAUGAGAAGAUAAUAAGAGGCCUCAUGAAGCUCCCACCCAAUCGCCGAUGUAUUAACUGCAACAGCUUGGGUCCUCAAUAUGUCUGUACAAAUUUCUGGACAUUUGUCUGCAUGACUUGCAGUGGAAUACACCGUGAGUUUACUCACCGUGUGAAGUCUGUAUCGAUGGCUAAGUUCACUUUCCAAGAAGUGGAAGCUCUUCAAAAUGGUGGUAAUCAGCGUGCUAGAGAGGUUUAUUUGAAACAUUGGGAUUCACAAAGGCAGAGACUUCCUGACAAUAGUAAUGCGGAAAAAGUUCGCGAGUUCAUAAGGAACGUAUAUGUGAUGAAAAAGUAUGUUGGGGGAGGGUCAUUUGACAGGCCUCCUAGAGACUCACAGAUUGCUCGAAGCCAUGAAGAUGAAACAAGGCGAGCAAGUUCUUAUCAUUCGUAUUCCCAGAGUCCACCAUAUGAUUUUCAGUACGAAGAAAGACAAUAUGGGAGGCAUGCACCAGUUCUUACUAGAAAGCCUGGUUCAGAUCGAGGUCUUUAUGAAGGAAAAGUCUCAAGUUUCCUGAGUCCUAGUCGACUGAGUGAUCGUAGUCCUAGCCGUUUAAGUGAUCAUAUAUACGAGGAUAGGUUUGGAUUUGGACGGUCUAACUCCAGAGUUUCAGACUAUUCAUCUAGUGCACAAUCGCCUAAUUUCCAGAAGGACAUCGGAAGCCCGUCUAGUGAAACAUCAAGAGAAUUUUGUGGCGAAGAUAUUGCGCAUAAUGCAGCCAACCGAUAUCCAGAUUCAUAUGCCAAUAGAGGUUCUGGACAAAUGUUAUAUCCACAGAGAACUGCUUCUUCUGAAAGUAUUGGGUCACUGGAUAGCAAUUCCUUGUCUUUUAAGACUUCUGUUGGAGUAGCUGAUGUUGGCUCUGAAGCUGAACAAUCUGUUGAGGCUCGUAGCAAGAAAAUACCAACUUUAACCUCUUUACCCCAAACAUCAGCUCAGGGGAACCAUGAUAGCUUGGACCUUUUCACUGCACCAUUUGCACUACAAAAUGUUACUUCUAUAGCUUUAGCUGUUAGUACAUCUAAUUUGCCAGGAUUGUCGUCCACCCAAAGUAUUGAUCCAUUUGGGACUUCUUGUUUGUCAACUGCUUCAAAUAUUGAUAUGCAGCAAUUACCGAAACCUAAUCAAUCCUCAUCUAUGGACUUGUUCUCCGAGAUACCUCAGCAGCCGCCAGCUGCCAGUCUUGAUGAUAAAUCUCUAAAAGUUAUCCCUCAAAAUGAAGGAUGGGCAACAUUUGACACACCUCAGCAUUCAGCACCAGUGGGCAAUGUGAAUUCUGCGGUUUUAGAAGUGCCUUCUGAUAAAAAUCCUGGGCAGAGCUUUAACCCGCUUCUAUCCUUAAACCAGUGGCCUUCUUUUGAAAAUAAUUCUUCCAAUGGGCCUUCUUCAUCAAUGCCUCCAUGGGGUGCAGCUUGGCAAAUUGUUGAAGCCAAGCCAAGAAUUGAGCCAUGGAAUGCUUUUGAAGAAUCUUAUGGGCAAUUAGUAAAGAGAAGUAGUGAACAAGUAGUAAAUCAAUCUUCAUUUGCAGAACAGUAUUUGUAUAGAGAAUCGGAGGGCUUCAACAAUGGUGAAAUUCCGACUGUUGGAAGGGAUACUUUACCUCCAAUAGCUACUGUAUCAUCAGAAAUGAGUCUGUCACAACAUCAACAUGAUGCACCAAUCCCUCCUGUAAUGGGAGGACAUUCACAUGCACUUGGCCCAAAGUCUACCAAUCCAUUUGAUCUUCCUUAUGAUGCUAAAAUAGAAAGCGAAAACAUGUCCAACUUCUGGGAUGUUAGCUCUUUGCAAGCUGCACUGCCAAAUGGCCAGAUGUCAACUCCCUUCACUGCUGGUGCAAAUGAGCACUGGUUUGCUCAAGAACCAAUGGUUUCCUAUGUUCCUGCUGGUUCAGAUGGUGCCUUAGGGUUCUUGGUAGGGCAAGCACCAAGCACACAAAUGUCGAAUGUCCCAUCUCAUGGUCCUGUUGCGUCUGUUGGAGGCAAUCCUUUUGCCUAGUAGACUCUGGCAUAGCCAUUCAAUUUGAUCAAGGUUUAGUGGUUGCUCGUGUUUUCUAUUCUUGGCAGGAGUUAUGGGUUAAAGGCUGUAUUCUUAGGCUAUAUACUGUACGGAUUUUCAUGUUUGUAGUCACUGCCAAAUAAGAAGUGCAGUAGACAAUUUAUAGCAGACCGGGUAAAGACUUCCUGUGCAUCAUAGCCCAAAGUAUAUAUUCAGAAAAUUGGAGGUUGUGGGCUGCUUGGCUGUAUUCAGCUGUGUCAGUAUGACGUUGCAGGUUCUACAGUGUAAAGCUCGUGCUUUUUUACCUUCUCUGUUUUUCUAACGUUUAAGUAGCUGCUUGUUAUUCGUUCUGUGCUUGUUCCUGAAAUAGAAUGGCAUGACAACCGGUGUUGCCUCUCUCCUGCACCAACUAUGAAACUCACAACAUUGGUAUUAGAGAAUUUAUAUCAGCAUGUGAUUGCUAUCUGUCCUCAAUUUAUCAUUGCAU